AUGACCGACUCUGUGGUGACCAUUCGUACUCGGAAAGUUAUGACGAAUCGAUUGUUGGCUCGUAAACAAAUGGUUGUCGAUAUUCUGCACCCAAAUCGGGCGUCUGUUCCAAAAACUGAGGUUAGAGAGAAGUUGGCUCAACUCUACCGAACCACGCCAGAUCUUGUGUUCGCGUAUGGAUUCAAAUGUCAGUUCGGUGGUGGAAAAAGCUCUGGCUUCGCACUCGUCUACGACACACUCGAUUUGGCGAAGAAAUUCGAACCGAAAUAUCGUUUCUUGAGGCAAAACCCGUUGAAAGUGGAGAAGACGGGUCGUAAACAGCGCAAAGAGCGUAAGAAUCGACAAAAGAAGGUUCGUGGUACCAAGAAGACGAAAGUAUCUACUGGAAAGAAAUAA